AUGCCCCUGUGGUGCAAGGGUACUGAUGAAAAUCGUGAUGUUGAAGAUGCUACAAGUAGAUACAGAAGCCGUCUGCCAAAGCUCGAAAGUGACAGUGAUCUGGAAAUAACGGAAGAGAAACCAGCCUUACCACUGAAGUCUUUGGAUGAUAUCCACAUUUCCCUGUCUGAUUCCAGCAGUGAUGAGUUACCUGAGGUAUUGUUCCUUAGAGAGGAAAAGCCUAAAACAGUUGGUAAUAAAUCCCUGACUAGACUGACCAUAAAAGAGGAGCCCUCCACCCCAGUAAAAUCUCCUGUAAAGUCUAAAGCUUUCCAGAGGUUGGAGAAGACACCAGUCACAUCUGCGGACGAAUCAAGUCCACGAAAAGUACUCAGAGAGAGGCUGUCUCUGAAUAGGACCCCACUGAAGAAGGAGAAGGAAGGCAAAUCAAGUCCUCUGCCUAGAAGAAGUCCACAGAAACUGAGGAAGACCAAGGAACAGAAGCCAGUGAAGAGCAUGUACAUUGACAGUGACAUAGAAAUUGUCUCUGGAUCAGAGAGUGAUGCAGACUUUACUCCUUCAAGGUUGAAGUUAAAACAGGAAGUGGUCAGUGAAUCAGACAGUGACUCUGACAGGGACGGCAGUGAAAGGAGGCCCUCUCAGGGGGAUAGAAAGUCCAGACAAACUACGCUCAAACUCAGCCAAACAGAAAAGGAAAUGCCCAGUACAUCCAAUGAACAAGCAGACGAAGAAAAACUGACGACAUCUAAUGAUGAAGAGGAUGAGAUAGAAAGGAUUUAUCCAUUACAAGAGGGUGAUGGAAUUAAAAGGACAAGUCCAUUGCAGAAACAGUCAUUCAUGGAGAGUCAAGAUGGUGAAAAAUUACUUGUGGAAAAUCAGAAGGAUAAGAACAAAGGGCAGACAACUGAUGAUGAUUCUACAGAACAUUCCCUUGUCUCAGAUACCGAAGAAAGAGCCAGCUCAGCAGACGAACCAGGAGAGGAGCUUCAGGAUAAAGAAAAGGCAAAUGAAGAGUCCCCAAAAGACACUCCAGAUGCAUCAGAAGAAAAUUCACAUUUGAGCUCAGACUGGAGUUGA